AUGGCUGACGACUCUGCAGUCACCAUUUACGGCAACACCGCCGUGUCGGAUCUCAACAAAAAAGAUCAAAAUCCCUUCUCAGUCAAGGUCGGACUAGCUCAACGGCUUAGUGGCGGAGCAAUUAUCCAUGUCACUAACGUCAACCAAGCCAAGAUCGCUGAAUCCGCCGGAGCUUGCUGUGUGAUUGUAUCAGAACCAUCAACACCCACCUCCGGCAUUUCUCGAAUGUUAGAUCCAGCUGUUAUUAAAGAAUACCAAGAAUCUGUCCCGAUUCCCGUAAUGGCAAAAGCCCGAGUCGGCCAUUUUGUCGAAGCACAGGUACUUGAAGCCAUUGGCGUUGAUUACAUAGACGAAAACGAGCUUCUUGCUGCAGCCGACGACGAUAACUUCAUCAACAAACAUAACUUUCGUGUCCCUUUUGUGUCAGGUUGUCGGGAUUUGGGCGAGGGGUUGAGGAGAGCGAGAGAAGGUGCGGCGAUGAUUAGAACUCAAGGAGAUCAAUCUGGAUCUGGCGACAUUGUUGACACAGUCCGAAAUGUAAGAAAAGUAAUGGGAAAAAUUAGGGUUCUAACAAACAUGGAUGAAGAUGAAGUCUUCACAUUCGCAAAAGAAUUGGGUGCACCUUACGACAUUGUUGCACAAACCAAGCAACUGGGUAGGCUUCCUGUAGUCCAUUUUGCUUCUGGAGGUAUUGUCACGCCUGCAGAUGCUGCUCUCAUGAUGCAAUUGGGCUGCGAUGGAGUCUUCAUUGAUUCUGAAAUUUUCAACUCUUCAGAUCCUUACAAACAAGUUCGAUCUAUUGUGCAGGCUGUUAGAAACUACAAUGAUGUUCAUAUGUUAACAGGGCUCAAUCUUAGAGACAACGGAGGUAGUUACUAG